AUGUAUGGGUGUGGUAAACAAGGUGGUAAAGCCCACGGUAAAGGUAAAUCUCGCUCAUCCAGAGCAGGCUUGCAGUUUCCGGUUGGUCGGAUCUAUCGUCUGCUCUGCAAGGGUAACUAUGCCGAGCGCCUUGCGGCUGGUUUGCCUGUGUAUUUGGCAGCGGUGUUAGAGUCCAUAACGGCUCAAAUCUUGGAGUUGGCGGGCAAUGUCUGCUGUGACAAGAAGACGCGCAUUAUCUCGUGCCAUUUGCAGCUAGCAGUCCGUAAUGAUGAGGAGCUCACCAAUUUGCUGGGUGGUGUGACUAUCACUCAGGGUGGCGUUUUGACGAACAUCCACGCCGUGCUGCUGCCCAGGAAGACCGAGAGCCACCAUCACAAAGUGUAG